AUGAGUUCUCAAGUCUCUUGGAGGAUUUUUGGGGUGAUGAUCAGUGUUGUGUUGAUUCUCAACUUGGAGUUUAGCGUCGUAGAAGGAGCCUCUGAGGAGACUAAGAUCCACAUAGUGUACCUUGGUGAAAGAGAGCAUAAUGACCCGGAGCUUGUAACGGCCUCUCAUCUCCGCAUGUUAGAAUCAUUACUUGAAAGCAAAAAAGAUGCUAGUGAGUUCAUGGUUCAUAGUUAUCGACAUGGUUUCUCAGGCUUUGCUGCCCAUCUUACGGAUUCACAAGCGAAAAAGAUAUCCGAGCAUCCGGAUGUAGUUCAAGUGACACCCAAUACUUUCUACGAGCCUCAAACAACAAGGGCGUUUGAUUUCUUGGGGCUUUCUCCAAGCUCAACUAAAGGACUUCUUCAUGAUGCCAAGAUGGGUGAGGAUGUCAUCAUCGGUAUCUUGGACUCAGGCGUGUGGCCAGAGUCUCCUUCGUUUAGUGACAUAGGGUUAGGGCCGAUCCCGAAACGAUGGAAAGGAACGUGUGUGGACGGUGAACAAUUCGACUCAAAGAAGCAUUGCAACAAGAAGCUGAUAGGAGCAAGGUAUUACAUGGACAGCCUCUUCAAAAAUAACCAAACGAACACCGGAAUACCAGACACCGAAUACAUGUCUGCGAGGGAAGCCUUGCCUCACGGGUCCCAUGUGGCCUCCAUAGCAGCAGGCGCCUUCGUCCCAAAUGUGAGUGAUCACGGGUUGGGAAUGGGUACAGCGAGAGGAGGAGCACCUAAAGCACGUAUCGCCAUGUACAAAGUGUGUUGGCAAAGAGAAGAUGGCUCAUGCGCGACCGCGGACAUACUAAAGGCCAUGGACGAUGCCAUAGCCGAUGGUGUGGACGUGAUAUCAAUUUCUUUAGGAAGGGCGAUUCCUAUACUCAGUGAAAUCGAUGCCUAUAAUGAGUUCUCGUAUGGAGCUUUCCACGCGGUCUCCAAGGGUAUUACAGUGCUCAUGGCAGCCGGAAACUUCGGACCAGAUGCUUACUCGGUCCAGAACAUAGCUCCAUGGAUAAUAACAGUGGCUGCCACCAAUCUUGACCGGUGGUUUCCCACACCUUUGAAACUAGGAAACAAUGUGACAUUAUUGGCACGAACCCCAUCCGUGGAUCCUGAAGUCCAAGCAGAACUCAUAUACGUAGACAGCUCAAAGAAGAUGACAAGUGAAGCAGAAGGGAAAAUGGUGCUAGGUUUUAUAACUGCUGAAAAUAGAGAGACUGCAUAUGAUUUUAUAACUCAACAACUAGCCGUUCGUGCGGCGGGUGUAGUCCUCGCCAGCAGAAGAAGUGAUAUAAUAACAGUUUCUGAAGGUAUGAUUAUAAUCAACAUCGAUUAUCAACAAGGGACUACAAUUUUGAACUACAUAAAAUCCACCAGUAAGCCAACCAUAAAAAUAAGUCCUUCAAUCACACUCACUGGACCAAUUGUAGCUACUAAGGUUGCUGACUUCUCAAGCAGAGGACCCAAUUCUGUAUCUCCAUAUGUUCUUAAGCCUGAUAUUGCCGCACCAGGUGUAGCCAUAAUGGCAGCUAUUACCCCAGAAAAAAUGAACUCUGACAACGGAUUCACGUCUAUGUCUGGUACUUCAAUGGCAACACCUGCGGUUGCCGGUGUUGUUGCUCUACUCAAAGCUGUUCAUCCUGAUUGGUCUCCUGCCAUGCUUAAAUCAGCUCUCAUCACUACUGCUUCCACAACGGAUCCCUAUGGAGAACCUAUCUUCUCAGAGGGCAUAUCACGGAAACUAGCUGACCCUUUUGACUUCGGAGGAGGAUUAGUGAACCCAGACAAAGCAGCACACCCUGGUCUUGUCUAUGAUGCAGACGCAGAAGACUACAGGCGUUUCCUAUGUGCCUCUAACUAUGACGAGACGUCCAUCACCACAAUAUCACGAAAAAACACGUUAUAUAAAUGUCCGAGUCCAAGGCCAUCUAUGCUUGAUCUCAAUUUACCGUCUAUCACCAUUCCAUACCUCAAGGAAGAUGUGACUCUCACUAGAACCGUUACCAAUGUUGGACCAGUUGACUCUGUAUAUAAAGUCGUCGUUCAGCCUCCUAUGGGUGUCAAAAUCUCAGUCACGCCCAACACAUUGGUCUUUAACUCCAGUGUUAAGAAGCUCAGCUACCAAGUCACUGUCUCCACAACUCACAAAGCCAAUUCUAUUUACUAUUUUGGCAGUUUGACUUGGACGGAUGGUACUCACAACGUCGUCAUCCCAUUAUCUAUCAGGACACAAAUGUUGAAGUACUUUGACCAAUAA